GAUAACAGAAAUCAGGUGGCGGGAAAAUUUUAGGUCCCACCUGGGCCAUCUUAGUGAUAGAAAUAGAAAUAGAGGUAAUCAGCUGACGGAAACCCUAGCCUUCUCUCUCGCAGGAGCAAUCAAAUCAAGAGCUUUUCUCCAGAAUUCCCAUUCUUUCGAUUGAAGAGGCCUGGUCUGUUAGUGUUCGAUUGGCUGUAUUAUCGACCGGUUUGCAAGAAAGCUUUUUUUUUCCGGCGGCGGCAGCGGCGGGGAAUUGAUAUCGAAUAUAAAGAUGGCUUCAUCAUCAUCAGCAUCCACUCCUACUCGAUUGGGCAGCAGCAGCAGCAGCACGGCUACAAUGUCCACCGCCACGUGGCUGCGCACCGUCAUAGAUCCGCUUCCAUCGAAGCCAUCGCCCGAUCUGGAGAGAUUCUUGUCUUCAUGCGAUAGGGAUGUAACGGGUGAUGUGAUUCGCAGGGCUCGGAUCAUACUCGAAGCUAUCUUCCCUUCUCCGAGCGGUCCUUGUUCUUCUCCGGCUGAGGAGUGUAUGCCUGUCGGAGCUGAAGCCAGGAGCAACGCAAGCCUUCAGAGCAGUAACUUAAUGGACAAUAAGUGGGCUGAACAACGUCGAUCUGAAGCUCUUAAGCUUUACUAUAAGGUCCUGCAGGCUAUGUGUGUGGCAGAGUCCCAAGUUUUGCGGGGAGGUAAUUUAACUUCUUUGCUGACUAAUGAGAGAUUCCAUAGAUGUAUGCUUGCUUGUUCGGCGGAGCUAGUUCUUGCCACCCAUAAGACCACUGCAACUGUGUUGUUUCCGGCUGUUCUGGAGAGAACGGGAAUCAUGGCUUUCGACCUCAGUAAGGUCAUAGAGAGUUUCGUUAGACACGAGGACAGCCUUCCUCAAGAGUUAAGACGGCACUUGAAUUCUCUAGAGGAACGACUUUUAGAGAGCGUGGUUUGGGAGAAGGGAUCUUCUAUGUACAACUCUUUGACUGUAGCAAGGCCGACCCUUUCUGCAGAAAUUAAUCGUCUUGGUUUGUUGGCUGAUCCCAUGCCUUCACUGGAUGCUAUUGCAAACAUGUCUUCCGCAAUUUUACCACCAGUGCCAUCAUUUCUGAAGCCGGAGAAUAGCCCAGGUCAAAAUAUUGACAUGAGGUCACCCAAAAGACUCUGCACUGAGUAUCGAAGCUUGUUGGUGGAGCGAAAUCCCUUCACGUCACCCGUAAAGGAUAGACUUUUGGCGCUCAAUCAUUUGAAAGGAAAACCUCCCCUACCUGCUUUGCAGUCUGCAUUUGCAAGCCCUACGAGACCAAAUCCUGGCGGUGGAGGGGAAACAUGUGCAGAAACAGUUCUCAGUGUAUUCUUUAGCAAGAUUUCAAAGUUGGCUGCUGUGAGAAUUAGUGGCAUGGUUGAACGCCUACAGCUUUCUCAGCAAAUAAGGGAGACCGUGUAUCAUCUUUUCCAAAAAAUUCUUACUCAACAGACUACGCUGUUCUUCAACCGCCAUAUUGACCAAAUUAUUCUUUGUUGUUUCUAUGGUAUUGGCAAGAUUUCCCAGCUUAACCUAACCUUCAAGGAAAUAAUAUGCAACUACCGAAAGCAACCACAUUGCAAAACACAUGUUUUUCAAAAUGUUUUUGUUGAUUUGGCAUCAGCACAACGCAAUGGGAAAACUGGUACCGAUCGCAUUGAUAUUGUAUCAUUUUACAAUGGAGUUUUUAUUCCUGCUGUUAAACCGCUUCUGAUUGAGCUUGGGCCUACUGGAGCAUCUCAACAGAGUAACAACAAUGCAGGAGCUAAGGAUAGUAGCAAUGGUCAAUCUCCUGUAUCACCCAAGACAUCUCCUUUUCCAAGUCUACCUGAUAUGUCUCCUAAGAAAGUAUCUGCUGCUCAUAAUGUUUAUGUCUCCCCGCUCCGAUCUUCAAAGAUGGAUGCUCUAAUAUCACACAGUUCUAAAAGCUAUUACGCUUGUGUAGGUGAAAGUACUCACGCCUACCAAAGCCCUUCAAAGGACCUGACCGCCAUCAAUAACCAUUUAAACAGCAGCAGAAAGUUUAGGGGUGCACUCAAUUUUGACAAUGUGGAUGUUGGAUUGGUGAGUGACUCUCUUGUAACAAAUAGCCUUCUUUUGCAAAAUGGAAGCUGCGGAUCUUCAUCUUCUCCACCUGUUAAAUGUGAGCCGCCAGAUUCAUGAGUCUCUACUCUCUGCCUGAAUGAUUCCCAUGUAAAUGUUUUUUUCCUUCUUAGUUUAGCUCUUUGCCAUGCUAUAUUCUUUUUUUUAAGGCAAUGGCAGUGUAAAGAGGGCUUUAGGGCUUAUAUCACAUGUGCCUUCCAUGAUUCCAUCUUUGCCUGUAAUCUCACUGUUGUAGGUUUUGUCUAAUACUCCACCUAAUUUAAUAAAUACAGAGUAAUAAAUAAUAAGAUGAGGUCGCCCUUCACUUAA